AUGACAACGACUGAUUGGGAUUAUGACUAUCUGAUCAAGCUCCUGUCGUUAGGGGACUCUGGAGUAGGGAAGACCACAUUCCUCUACAGGUACACAGACAACAAAUUCAACCAGAAGUUCACCACCACAUUGGGAAUAGACUUCAGGGAAAAGAGAGUGGUGAGUUGUGAUGCUUUACUUCAGUGUGUAGCCUAUGACAUUCAUUUCAAAGAUAAAAUUCAUUUUCAGUCAUCCUCGCUCCACAGCUUCCAAUUCAUGAUAAUUUGGUUAUGCAAAUCCAAAGGUUGAACAGUCGAUUGUUUUUUGGAAGUAAUAGUAGGGUAUCAACUCAAAUAUAGCUGCAAGCAGCGAUGACCCGGGGUCCAAGCCUUUUUCGCCUUGUCAAAUAUGAUGCCUUAUUUUACAAGUCAUAAAAUUCAGUUCAGGUACAACACCAACAAUCCCUCACUGUCUAGGGAUGUCUAUCUGAAACCGGCAGUGGUGGGAUUUGAACCAUGUGGACAAGUGCGCACUUGAGGAAACAUUGUAGAGUAUUGAGAUGAAUGGCCAGCAGGGGGCUCUGUUCCCUCCAAGAGUGACUUGAAUUGUCAGGCCCGACCUCACUGAACUUCAUUGGCUCACAGCGGCCAUGACGUUUAAGAUAUCAACUUCAUUUAUGGAGCAUAUAAAGAUAUUGGUCUAUAGAUGCUGUACACAAAGUUUAGGAGAAAUCGGUUAAGCCGUGUCUGAGGAGAUGUUGAAAGAUUUGGAAAAAUUUACAUUUUCAAAAUGUCAGAUGAUCCAUCAUGGUGACGUCAUUGGUCCCAGAGGCAAAUUUGUUUCUUGGGUAAAGACAAACCUUUGUACCAAAUUCCGUGACUCUAGGUCAAACGAGGAGGCGGGGCUGACCUUUUUGAAGUCAAAGGUUGUUUAUAGCGCCACCAUUUGGCCGAAUUGCACCUGUAUUAACCAGAUGAAUUUUGGUCUCUGUAGAUCUUACCAUUUUUAAGAGCUAUAGCGCUCCAAAAAUGGGAUAAUAAUAAUAAUCCUACCAAUUAUAAGGUUUACAGUCCCUUCGGGGCUUGGAUCCCUAAUUAAAACAGUACGUUGGAUUGGUAAAACAAAUUCCAGAGCCAAAGAGUAUGCCUUCGGUCCUAGCUCUUAAGAUUACACUUAUUUGACAACGUUCUUGUGUCUUCAGAUGUAUUUGGGGAUUGGCUCUGAUGGAACGACAGAGAAGACUUUUAAAGUGCACCUACAGCUCUGGGACACAGCAGGGCAGGAGAGGUAGGCAACCUAAACAAGCAGACAGUACAUUUUGUAUCAUUUGUAAGAUGAGGAUUUUCAAUGAUAGUCCACAUCCAUAGCUUUACCAGUGUUUGAACAUUGUUGUAAUUGUAUAAAUUCCAGGUUCAGAAGUCUCACCACAGCCUUCUUCAGAGACGCCAUGGGCUUCCUGCUCAUGUUUGAUCUGACCAAUCAGCAGAGUUUUUUGAAUGUCAGGAACUGGAUGAGUAUGUCUCAGCACACUGAUCUGCCAAAGCAGUUACAGUGAGGGAAAAAAGUAUUUGAUCCCCUGCUGAUUUUGUACGUUUGCCCACUGACAAAGACAUGAUCAGUCUAUAAUGUUAAUGGUAGGUUUAUUUGAAAAGUGAGAGACAGAAUAACAACAAAGAAAUCCAGAAAAACGCAUGUGAAAAAUAUUAUAAAUUGAUUUGCAUUUUAAUGAGGGAAAUAAGUAUUUGACCCCUCUGCAAAACAUGACUUAGUACUUGGUGGCAAAACACUUUUUGGCAAUCACAGAGGUCAGACGUUUCUUGUAGUUGGCCACCAGGUUUGCACAUAUCUCAGGAGCGAUUUUGUUCCACUCCUCUUUGCAGAUCUUCUCCAAGUCAUUAAGGUUUUGAGGCUGACGUUUGGCAACUCGAACUUUCAGCUCCCUCCACAGAUUUUCUAUGGGAUUAAGGUCUGGAGACUGGCUAGGCCACUCCAGGACCUUAAUGUGCUUCUUCUUGAGCCACUCCUUUGUUGCCUUGACCGUGUGUUUUGGGUCAUUGUCAUGCUGGAAUACCCAUCCACGACCCAUUUUCAAUGCCCUGGCUGAGGGAAGGAGGUUCUCACCCAAGAUUUGACGGUAUAUGGCCCCGUCCAUCGUCCCUUUGAUGCGGUGAAGUUAUCCUGUCCCCUUAGCAGAAAAACGCCCCCAAAGCAUAAUGUUUCCACCUCCAUGUUUGACGGUGGGGAUGGUGUUCUUGGGGUCAUAGGCAGCAUUCCUCCUCCUCCAAACACGGCGAGUUGAAUUGAUGCCAAGAGCUCGAUUUCGGUCUCAUCUGACCACAACACUUUCACCCAGUUCUCCUCUGAAUCAUUCAGAUGUUCAUUGGCAAACUUCAGACGGCCCUGUAUAUGUGCUUUCUUGAGCAGGGGGACCUUGCGGGCGCUGCAGGAUUUCAGUCCUUCACGGCAUAGUGUGUCACCAAUUGUUUUCUUGGUGACUAUGGUCCCAGCUGCCUUGAGAUCAUUGACAAGAUCCUCCCGUGUAGUUCUGGGCUGAUUCCUCACCGUUCUCAUGAUCAUUGCAACUCCACGAGGUGAGAUCUUGCAUGGAGCCCCAGGCCGAGGGAGAUUGACAGUUAUUUUUUGUUUCUUCCAUUUGCGAAUAAUCGCACCAACUGUUGUCACCUUCUCACCAAGCUGCUUGGCGAUGGUCUUGUAGCCCAUUCCAGCCUUGUGUAGGUCUACAAUCUUGUCCCUGACAUCCUUGGAGAGCUCUUUGGUCUUGGCCAUGGUGGAGAGUUUGGAAUGUGAUUGAUUGAUUGCUUCUGUGAACAGGUGUCUUUUAUACAGGUAACAAGCUGAGAUUAGGAGCACUCCCUUUAAGAGUGUGUUCCUAAUCUCAGCUCGUUAUCUGUAUAAAAGACACCUGGGAGCCAGAAAUCUUUCUGAUUGAGAGGGGUCAAAUACUUAUUUCCCUCAUUAAAAUGCAAAUCAAUUUAUAACAUUUUUUACAUGCGUUUUUCUGGAUUUCUUUGUUGUUAUUCUGUCUCUCACUGUUCAAAUAAACCUACCAUUAAAAUUAUAGACUGAUCAUUUCUUUGUCAGUGGGCAAACGUGCAAAAUCAGCAGGGGAUCAAAUACUUUUUUCCCUCACUGUAGAUCAAUAUCUCUCAGCCUGUGAAUCAUCCAUUUAGUACAUCCUCUAAGAACCAGACCACAUUGACCGGGUAUUUCACUUUGUAUUUGGCAUUAUAGUAAAUUAUCUCAGUAGCAGGGUAGCUUGCUGUGAUUCAAAUACGAAUGUAUAUAUCCAUAAAUAACUGACAUUUUAUUAUGUCUUGUUAUGAUUGUUCAGUUCAGCUGCAGGCGAAUGCCUAUUGUGACAGUCCAGACAUAGUCUUAGUUGGCACCAAAGCAGACCUCAAAGACCUGAGAGAUGUACAAGGAAAACAAGCCAGAGACCUGGCGGACAGAUAUGGGUAAGCGAGAUCAAUACCUGCUUGCUCAGGACAAAAUUCCGCUGCCUCUAUGAAAUCUGAUCUGACAGUACAAUGCAAUAAAAUGGCUGGCUAGUCCUCUUACCAUUGGCACGGCUCACUUCUCCAGUGCCUUACCAUGAACCGAGGUUGUUUGAGUUCAUACCUUCAGCACCACUGUAAAGCAUUUGAACCAAUCCAGAUCCAAUGCUGGAAACAGGCUCACUAUUUUAAUACCUCUGUUAAUUCACCAGGAAGGAAUCAGUGAGCUACUACCAGCCAAGGUCUAUGGAUCCUCUUAAGCGUCUUUAAACUAGAAAUGACCCUAUUAGAAAUAAACUGACCUUAAUAAUACAUAAACCACAAGUUAACUGGCCUUUAUUCAUGCAUUAUUCAGUAUAGUGUUCAGUAUAAUAAGUUCCUCCCUUCCUCCUUAGUAUCCCCUACUUUGAGACGAGUAGUGCCACAGGGGCUGAGGUGGACCAGGCAGUGACCACUCUGCUGGACCUAGUGAUGAGACGCAUGGAGCAGAGCACAGAGGGGCCUGCGUCAGAGGCUGCCAAUGGGAGCGCUGCCACUAAUGACGAGGCUGAAACCUCCACCAGCAGGAAGUGUGCCUGUUAGGAUGUAGGGAUGUCAGACACAUUUCAUGGACAUGUGGUUGGCUGCAUUCAGAAUGAAGGUCCAUCCAUUCAAAUGUGUAACUAUUGCAUCAGGUGAGUUUUAUUACAUUGGAAAGUUCAAUUAUCCCAUACAGUAUUUAAAGGAUGUGUAAUAUCCGCUUAUGCAUUGUGUGUUUAUGUCUGGAUUGAUAACUGUCGCACUGUCAAGCUUUUUAUUUCCAACCUGGUCAUCAUUACCUGCUGAGUCUGUACAUGUGCUGUACUGUAUGUUAAUGACAUGAGACGAGCAAAAGAACACACAAUUCAGUUUUCUAAUAUUGUAAAAUGAUUCAAAGUAAAUGAAAGC